CUGCGCGGUCAGCGGAGGCGGCAGCACGCAGCAGACAGCAAGGGACCAUGUUCCCGUUGGGCCCGCGCCUCUGCCUCUGGGUGGUCCUGGGUACCAGCUGCGCGGGCUGGGGAAGCCCAGGGGCCAAAGCUGCGCAGCUAAGGCAGUUCUUCGUAGCUGCUCAGGUCAUACCCUGGAGCUACCGCCCUGAGCCCAUAGACCCCAGAUCUUCCUUUAAGAAAAUUGUCUACAGAGAGUAUGAACCAUAUUUUAAGAAAGAAAAACCACAGCCUAGCAUCUCAGGACUUCUGGGACCUACUUUAUAUGCUGAAGUUGGAGAUACCAUGCAGGUUCACUUUAAAAAUAAGGCAGACAAGCCCAUAAGCAUUCAUCCUCAAGGAAUUAAGUAUAGUAAAUUAUCAGAAGGAGCUUCUUACGACGACCACACGUCCCCUGUGGAGAAAAUGGAUGAUGCUGUGCUUCCGGGCGGAGAGCACACCUACGAGUGGGUCAUCGGUGAGGACAGCGGGCCCACACGGGAUGACCCUGCAUGCCUCACCCACAUCUACUACUCCUAUGAAAAUCUGACACAGGACUUCAACUCUGGACUGAUUGGGCCUCUGCUAAUCUGUAAGAAAGGCACUCUAACUGAGGAUGGCACUCAGAAGAUGUUUGAUAAGCAACACAUACUGCUGUUUGCUGUGUUUGAUGAAAGCAAGAGCUGGAUACAGUCACCAGCCCUCAUGUAUACAGUCAAUGGCUAUGUGAAUAGAACCAUGCCAGAUAUAAUGGUUUGUGCCCAUGACCAAGUCAGCUGGCAUCUGAUUGGAAUGAGUUCGGGACCUGAAUUGUUCUCCAUUCAUUUCAAUGGCCAAGUCUUGGAACAAAAAAAUCACAAGGUGUCAGCCAUCACCCUGGUCAGUGCUACAUCUACUACUGCAAACAUGACUGUGAGCCCAGAGGGAAAGUGGAUCAUAUCUUCUCUCAUCCCCAAACACUUUCAAGCUGGAAUGCAGGUUUAUAUUGACAUUAAAAACUGCCCAAAGAAAACCAGGAAGCCUAUGAUAUUGACUCAAGACCAGAGGCGUCACAUGAAGAGGUGGGAAUACUUCAUUGCUGCGGAGGAAGUCAUUUGGGACUAUGCACCCAUGAUACCAGCAAAUAUGGACAAAAAAUACAGAUCACUGCACUUGGAUAAUUUCUCAAACCAAAUUGGAAAACAUUAUAAGAAAGUUAUUUAUAAGCAGUACCAAGAUGAGACCUUUACUAAACGCAUGGAGAAUAACAAACAAAAUGGGAUUUUGGGCCCUGUUAUCAGAGCCCAGGUCAGGGAUACACUCAAAAUUGUGUUCAAGAAUAUGGCCAGCCGAGCCUAUAGCAUUUACCCUCAAGGAGUGACCUUCUCUCCUUAUGAAGAUGAAGUCAACUCUUCCUUCACCUCAGGCAGUCACACCAUGAUCAGAGCAGUUCAACCAGGAGAAACCUAUACGUACAAAUGGAGUAUCCUAGAGUUGGAUGAACCCACAGAAAAUGAUGCCCAGUGUUUAACAAGACCAUACUACAGUGACGUGGACAUCACAAGGGACAUUGCCUCAGGGCUUAUAGGGCUGCUUCUGAUUUGUAAGGGCAGAUCCUUGGACCAAAGAGGCAUACAGAGGGCAGCAGACAUCGAGCAGCAGGUCGUGUUUGCUGUGUUUGAUGAGAACAAGAGCUGGUACAUUGAAGACAACAUCAACAAGUUUUGUGAAAAUCCUGAGGAAGUGAAACAUGACGACCCAAAGUUUUAUCAAUCAAACAUCAUGAGCACUAUAAAUGGCUAUGUGCCAGAAAGCAUAUCUACUCUUGGAUUCUGUUUUGAUGACACUGUUCAGUGGCACUUCUGCAGUGUGGGUACCCAGGAUGAUAUUUUGACCAUUCACUUCACUGGGCACUCUUUCAUCUAUGGAAAGAGGCAUGAGGACACCUUGACCCUUUUCCCGAUGCGUGGAGAAUCUGUGACUGUCACAAUGGAUAACGUUGGAACUUGGAUGCUAACAACCAUGAGUUCCAGUUCAAGAAGCAAAAACCUAAGGCUGCGAUUCAGGGAUGUUAAGUGUGUCCGAGCUGAUGAUGAUGACUCCUAUGAGAUCUAUGAACCCGCAGUGCCUACAGCCAUGUCUACACGGAAAAUGUACGAGUCCUCAGAAAAUGACCACAAAGAGAAUGAUGCUGACUAUGACUACCAGGAUAUAUUGGCUUUAUCAUUAGGCAUAAGAUCACACAGAAAUUCUUCACUGAGUCAAGAGACUGACGAGUUCAAUCUUACUGCCCUAGCUCUGGAGAGCAGCUCCGAGUUAGUUUCCCCAAGUACAAAUGCAACUAGUGCCUCAGAUUCUUCUUCCCCAAGAAACCUUAGUGGGCUCAGUGAUAAUCACCCCAAAGAACCUCAGAAAGCACCCCCUCUCUCAGAAGCCUCCUCAGAUGGUCCCCUUUCAGAAUACCUGCCUGGCUUAGACAAGAAUCUAGUUCCCAGUCCCCCCACAAAGGAGCUUUCCAGCCCCUAUUCUAUAAAUCACAUGGAAGAUCAUCUACAGUCAGAUAUCACGGAGAUACACCUGCUUCCUCCUGGUACGAAAGGACUGAGCCAUGAAGAACACACUAAGAGUAAAGUAUCCAAGGUAAAAAGACACCCAGGGGUGAAGCACAGGUUCUCCUGGAAGAGAUCACCAGGCCAUAGAGCUGGGAGGCAUUCAAACCCAGACAACACUUCUUCCAGAAUGGGGUACUGGGAGGACAUUCCUACUGAUCUGUUACUCUUAAAACAAAAGAACCCAAAGAUUUUGAAUAGUGAAUGGCAUUUGGCUUCUGAAAAAGGUAGUUAUGAAAUAAUCCAAGAUAAUGGUGAAGGCGCAACUCCUGGUAAGCUGCUGAAUAGCCCUCAGAACAACUCGAGAGCUUGGGGGGAAAGCAUCCCACCUACAAAUGAGUCAGGAAAGCAGAGUGACCCCCCAAAGUUAUCUGGAGUUAGACAGAAAUUUCUACAAGUUAGACAGGAUAAGGAAAAUAGUGGCCUGAAGAAAAGUCCUUUUCUCAUUAAGACACGAAAAAAGAACAAAAAUAAGUAUUUACCUCACCUUCCUCUAUCUCCAAGGGGAUUUCACCCUCUGAAAGGAGGGAUACUUAAUCAUCAACAGAUACCCCAUAAGCCCAAGGACAUAGCUCUUGCCACAGACUUCAAUCAGACCUCUCCUUUCAUGAGUACUGACAGGAAGGCAUCCCUUCCUGAACACAAUCAGACACCCCCAAAUAACACUAAUCAGAUAAGCUCCCCUCCAGGUCUUUAUAAGACAGUGUCGUCAGAGGCAUACCUUCCCACAUUUCCUGUGCAAGACCCUGAUCAAGCACAUUUGACCACAGGCCCCAGUCACAGGUCCUCUCCUCCAGAGCAUACCCUGGUAUCUGGCUAUGAACUAAGUCAUGAGUUCUACCCUGUUGACAUUACUCCAACAACUCCUCCCUGGAAGCAUUUCAUUUCAGACCGAAAUCAGUUAUCUCUCUCUUCAGACCAAGAUCAGUUGCCCCUAUCCUCAGACCUUAGCCAAACAACCUUCCCCUCAGACCUCAGCCAAACAACCUCCCCCUCAGACCACAGCCAAAUGACAUCCUCCUCAGACCUCAGCCUCUUAACCAACUCACCAGAAUUUGAUCAGACAAGCCUUUCUGUAGAAGUGGGUGAGAUGCCUCCUCCUUCAGUCUUGGGUCAGAUGCCCCUUUCCCCAGACUACAGCCAAACAGCCUCCUCCCCAGACCUCAGCCUCUUGAACCUCUCCCCAGAAUUUGAUGAGACAAAUCUUUCUGAAGAACUGGGUGAGAUGCCUCCUCCUGCAGUCUUGGGACAGAUGCCCGUUUUCCCAGACCUCAGCCAAACAACCUUCUCCUCAGACCUCAGCCUCUUAACUCUGUCUCCAGAGUUUGAUCAGGCAAGCCCUUCUCCAGACCUGGGUCAGAUGCCCUUUUCUUCAGACCUCAGACAGAUAGCAUCCUCCCCAGAUCACAACCAGGGGGCCUUCUCGUCAGACCUCAGCCUCCUGGUCUCUCCUGAACUUGAUCAGACCAACCUAUCCCCAGACCUCAGCCAGGUGACUCUCUCUCCAGACCUCAGCCAGACAGUGCCUCCUCCUAAUCUCAGUCAGGUGCCACCCCUUCCAGACCCUGGUCAGACACCCCACCCUCCUCUUCAGUCUUCAUCUCUUCCAGAAUUGGAUCAGAUCUUCCCAUAUUCUGACUUUAUUCAUGUGCCAUCUCCUGAACUCAAUGACACAUUUAUGUUAGAAGAAAAUAACCCAAUUGUUGUUGUGGGCCUCAGUAAAGUUGAUGGAGAGCACAUUGAUAUUAUUCCAACACAAGAUGAAGAGAGUGGAGAAGACUUUGUUGAGCUUGACUACGUGACCUAUGACGACCCUUACAAAACUGACAUUAGGACAGAUGUUAACUCCUCCAGAAAUCCUGACAACAUUGCUGCAUGGUACCUCCGCAGCCACAAUGGAAACAGAAAAUAUUAUUAUAUUGCUGCUGAAGAAAUAUCCUGGGAUUAUUCAAAAUUUGCACAAAGGCAAAUGGAUAGCGAAGACACUGAUAACAUCCCAAAGGACACCACAUAUAGGAAAGUCGUUUUCCGAAAGUACCUUGAUAGCACCUUCACCAAACGUGAUCCUCAGGGGGAGUAUGAGGAGCAUCUGGGCAUCCUUGGUCCUGUUAUUAGAGCUGAAGUGGAUGAUGUCAUCCAAGUUCGCUUUAAAAAUUUAGCAUCCAGACCAUAUUCACUUCAUGCCCAUGGACUUUCCUAUGAAAAAUCAUCAGAGGGGAAGACCUAUGAAGAUGACUCUCCUGAAUGGUUUAAGGAAGACAAUGCCAUCCAGCCGAAUGCAAGUUAUACCUAUGUAUGGCAUGCCACUGAGCGGGCAGGACCAGAGAGCUCUGGAUCUGCCUGCCGGGUAUGGGCCUACUACUCAGCAGUGAAUGCGGAGAAAGACAUCCACUCGGGCUUGAUUGGGCCUCUUCUGAUCUGCCAGAAAGGAACACUUCACAAGGAGAGCAACAUGCCUGUGGACACGAGAGACUUUUUCUUACUGUUUAUGGUGUUUGAUGAGAAGAAAAGCUGGUACUAUAAAAAGUCUGAAAGAUCUUGGAGACCUGAAUCUCCAGAAGUAAAAAACUCCCAUCAGUUUUAUGCCAUUAAUGGAAUGAUCUACAACCUGCCUGGUCUGAGAAUGUAUGAGCAAGAGUGGGUGAGGUUACACCUGCUGAACAUGGGCAGCUCUCGAGAUAUUCAUGUGGUUCACUUUCAUGGUCAGACCCUGCUGGAAAAUGGCACUCAACAGCACCAGUUAGGGGUCUGGCCCCUUCUGCCUGGUUCAUUUAAAACUCUUGAAAUGAAAGCAUCAAAGCCUGGCUGGUGGCUUCUAGACACAGAGGUCGGAGAAAACCAGAGAGCAGGGAUGCAAACGCCGUUUCUCAUCAUAGACAAAGAAUGUAAGAUGCCAAUGGGACUAAGCACUGGUGUCAUAGCUGAUUCACAGAUCACAGCUUCAGAGCAUCUACGUUAUUGGGAGCCCAGAUUAGCAAGAUUAAACAAUGGUGGAUCAUAUAAUGCUUGGAGUAUAGAAAAACAUACAAGUGAAUCUGACUCUCAACCUUGGAUCCAGGUGGACAUGCAGAAGGAUGUCGUGAUCACAGGCAUACAAACCCAAGGUGCAAAACAUUACCUGAAGUCCUACUUCACCACGGAGUUCUAUGUGGCUUACAGUUCUGACAAAACCAACUGGCAGAUUUUCAAAGGGAAGAGCACAAAGAAUGUGAUGUAUUUUAAUGGCAAUUCAGAUGCCUCUACAAUAAAAGAGAAUGAGUUUGACCCACCCAUUGUGGCUAGAUACAUUAGGAUCACACCAACAAAAUCCCAUAACAGACCUGCCCUUCGAAUGGAGCUACAAGGCUGCGAAGUUAAUGGAUGCUCCGCACCACUGGGUAUGGAAACUGGAAAGAUAGAAAACAAGCAAAUCACAGCUUCCUCAUUUAAAAAAUCUUGGUGGGGAGAUUACUGGGAACCCUCUCAUGCCCGUCUUAAUGCCCAGGGCCGUGUGAAUGCCUGGCAAGCCAAGGCCAACAACAACAGGCAAUGGUUACAAGUUGAUCUACUCAAAGUCAAGAAGAUAACUGCAAUUUCAACACAGGGCUGCAAGUCUCUGACUUCUGAAAUGUAUGUGAAGAGCUACACCAUCCAAUACAGUGACCAUGGUGUGCAGUGGAAACCUUACAGACAGAAAUCCUCCAUGGUGGACAAGGUUUUUGAAGGAAAUAGUAAUACUAAAGGACAAGUGAAGAAUUUUUUCAACCCACCUAUCCUUUCCAGAUACAUCCGCAUCAUUCCUAAGACUUGGAAUCUAAGUAUUGCACUGCGUCUAGAACUCUUCGGCUGUGAUAUUAACUAGAAUUGUCAAACAAAAAAAGUUUUAAAAGGCAGCAAACCAUUGAGAAUGGGAAAUGUAUUUUAAAGCUAUUUUAAAUGUUAACUUUUUACCACAAUUGUCCUU